GUCACUUAAGCAAAGUAAAUAAAUAACUCAGAAAGGUUUACAAUAAAGAACUUUCGGGCUGCUUUUGGUUAUAAACAGAAAAUUCUCUGUUAAUCAACAAUUCUCUACAACCAGUCAAGACAUAUGAAGCACGAAGUUCGAUCAGAUAGGUGAUUUCUUCUCGGGCAAAUUAAGAAUGAACUUUUCCUGUUCGAUUUAUGUGUUUCCUUUAGGGCGAGACUUUACUGGCUGACCCAGACGGCAGCCACCAGGUAUUUUGAGAACCACUUGAGAUUUAUGGGGUGAACUUUUUAUUGGUUUCUGUAUCUUGAUAUUUUGAGAAAGCCUUCCUUCGUUUUCAAAUAAUCCUAUUCACUAUUUUAUAGUUUUACCAACUAUAUUCUAAAGAGAUCGGACUUAACACUCCGAUAUUGUUUUACUCAUAUUAUUCUUGCUUUGGUUGUUUUCGUGCAUUUACCCGCAAUAAACUUGUUUGGCACUAUAUACAGCGAUUGGGCUUCGCUUGUACCAACUCUUAGAGCUCUAACAGUUUGAAAAGUUAAACAGUGUGAGUUACCUGUAAACUUAGCAGAUAGGUUGCUUACUUAUAUCCCGAUAAGAAACAAUCCAAUUUACCUGGCCGACAACUUUUUUCUUUAAAAAAAUCUGUUUCAAGAUUGAAAUGAAUUAAAACACCUGAUUAUAGUUAAUUUUAACAAACAACUCAAGACGGGUCUGCAAUUAAUUAUAUGGACUUCUGCGAGUUUCCUUCAGACUAGUUCUUUGUCAUCAGGGAGGCCAAUAUUGCGUAUCCUACAUCAUAAAGCAAUCCAAUAUGUCCCCAAUAAAUUCAUAAAUUUCUCUUGUCGACGUUUGCACUCAACCACCCGGAAAUUAACAGUCUGUAUCGUAAACAACUCACUUGUUAUUGUUGAUGACUUUGCCGCAACGCAGGAAAUUGAAAAUCCCAAUUAUAUAUACCAUGUUCACAAAAUCUGACUGCAUCACAUUUUAUCUUCCAAACCCCCUAUUUAUUAAAACUUUUGAUUGGGUAAUUUAAAGAAAAUUUAAUCAAAAAUUGCACCAAGAAACGCAAGAUCAAUUUUGUUACAUAUCUGUUAAAAUUUAAACUGGAUUUCACCUUCGCUUUUGAAAACUGGACUCACUUUAAGCUAUUAAACAUUUGUUGAUAAAAAAGUGUUAUAUAGUUUUCAGUUUUGAUAUUGGUUCUAUUCAGGAUGGAUUCUAAAAGUGGCCGCGUUGUUACUUUUCUUCUCAUUGCUAUAUUUAUCUCGACCUCGCUCAAUUUUGCGAUUUUAUUUUACCAAACUUUUACUUUGGAACAAAGCGACAACAACCAGAUCAUCAAACGGCAGUUCAACGAAAAGGACCAAAGAUUUUCGAUGCUAGAUGUGCAACUAGCCGAAUCAGACGAGACUGUGCACUUGGCAGUUAUCUCGGACGGCUUCAGAUCAAAUCAGCACUUUGUUACUCUUCUCAAGUCAAUUUUGUUCAACCAGCAGAACAGACUCACAGAGCCGAAAGACUUCCAAUUACAUCUGCAUGUGUUCACACUGUGGAGUGAGGAUACUCUUGAGAAAAUUCUGCUAAGUUGGAAUUUGCCUGGAGUUGCAUGGGAUAUAUACAAUCUGAGGGAACACGUGGACGAAGUGGAUUGGAUUCCGAACAAACAUCACUCUGGCGUUCUUGGACUUAGUAAACUUCUCAUCCCUUCAAUUUUGGCUGCUGGUGAGCGAAUCAAAACGAGUCACGUGUUGAUUGUGGACACAGACAUGGUGUUCGAGACUGACGUCACAAGAGCAUGGUCACUUCUCCAACAGAUGCGAAGAAACUCUACGGAAAUUGUAUUCGGGAUGACGGAAAAUCAGAGCAACUACUAUAUCAAAGGUGACAAUAAUUGGACUGCGAGAGGGAGGGGAGUAAACUCAGGUGUCAUUUUGGUACUUCUGGACAGACUAAACAGUUCACUUUGGAGGUCAAGGUGGACUUCAGUUGUGGCAUCGGAGCUGAGUGAAAGGUCAUCUGUGAAAACAGCAGACCAAGAUAUAUUCAAUGCAGUGUUCGCUUCAUAUCCCGAGAUGCUUUAUAUUUUGCCAUGCGAGUUUAACUGCCAAACGCCUGUGCACGUCCACAAUUUUCAAUUUUGCCCAAAGUGUCAGCAGAGCCCCGAAGUUCUUCAUUUCAAUUCUCCGUUCAAAAACUUUGCUGCCUUUAACGAGCAAAACAUAAACCACUUCAGAAGCUCGUGGGAACGUUGUCUAUUUUAUGCUACAGUCGACGGGUAUCAGUUCCGAAGUAAAACUUUCAGCUGGUUAAAGUUGAAUGACAGCGGUCAAGUGACCGAUAAAACAAAAGAGCCGAAUUUGACUGGUAGCAUUUCCCCUAGUUGCUCAAUUUUCACUCGAAACACAGAUUUCAGAAUACAUCCGUUUUUCAUGCCGUAUUCCGAUUCUUCAAAAUCACAGCCAAUCACAAGUUCAGAAUCACCGAUAAAUCAUAACUCAGCAAAUCAGAUUGCGCUUCUCACACAUUUGAGCUUCGAUAGAAUUGAGGCAUUUGAACGGGUUGCGAAGUCGUGGAACAGAAGCAUCAGUGCAGCAUUGUACAUAUCAGAAUCACAAGUCAUCAACUUUUUUAGAAACUGGGAAAAGUCGACAGCUUUGAGCCAGAGAAACAACAUUGCUCUACAUGUCGUGUACGAAAUCCCCGGAAGACCAUAUCCUGUAAACUUUUUACGCAACGUCGCUCUGAACAACUCUCCGGAAAGCUCUCCUUAUGUUUUCAUUGUUGACGUUGACUUCAUUUUUUCCCCACUACUUUACGACACCAUUCAGCCGCAUCUUCAGCUGCUGGAGAUUUCGGAUAGUGGACCGAAUCUAGUUAAACAGGCUUAUGUGGUUCCUGCGUUUGGAAUCAUUGCAGCCAGAUAUGAGAACUAUUCCAUUCCGAGGAACAAAUCUGAAUUGUUGUCUGAUUGGGCCAAUGGGUUUGUGGAGCCUUUUUUGAGGACGAAAUGGAGGGAAGGCCAGAAGAACACGGACUAUAUCCAAUGGGUGGAUUCAAAAAAGGUUUAUGAAGUGCAAUAUCAGAUGAACUAUGAACCCUACAUAAUUGCCCGCAAAUCUCACCUGGUGGCAUUUGACGAGCGUUUUAGUGGCUAUGGCUGGAAUCGCAGCAUGUGGCUAUUCCGUCUGUGGAGACAAGUCUCUCUUCAAUUCAUGGUGCUACCUCAGUCUUUUAUCCUACAUGUUCCUCAUGAAGUUGGGAUUUGGAAAAGCUACUUCACAGGCCAAAAUGAUCACGCGAAAACGUGCAUCGACUCUCUAAAACAAUUGGCUCUAGAUGAAAUAAAUUCAAAAUUCUGAUUUAUUUGAGUUAUUUUGUCUUUGGAAUAUUUCCCCAUUAUUGACCUCGGUGAGACCAUUUGAACAAUCUCGA